GCUCCUGGACCUUCGCAAGACGUUCAUUUCCAUUUCCAAUGCUGGCAGCUCAUGGAGAAGCAUGGGGCUGUGUGGGUCAUGCUCCGGUUUGCCCUGCUUUUCUGUAGCGUGGUUGGCUCUUGCUGGCUUUUGCGAGCAGCCUGGAAGCCAUGCUAUCUUUUUACCCGUCAGCUGAGACACCUGGCGAUUGCUGAUUUGGGACUUGCCUUGGCAGCUCCUGGCUGCGAGUUGGGCCUGAUGAUUUGGGCUCAAUGCGGCCUGCCAGAUCUCAGUCUUUUUAGCCGGUGCCUCUUCCGCAGCUUCCUCUGCGCAGGCACGCUGGUGGAGACGCAGAUCGCGGCCGGGGUGAUGUGCAGCGCCCUGCGCUGGCAGUCCUUCCGCGCCCUGGCACGGCUCCUGCCCUUCACCUGGUUCUUUGCGGCCCUCGUUGGGGCCGGCGACGCCUGUUCCAUGAGAGGCUCAGGUCAUUUCAGCGACGACGGCUUUGCCAAGGUGAUCGCACUGGUCAUGUGCGUGAAUUUCCUGCUUGCGCUUUUGAUGUACGUGACUUCCAUCGUGGCAGUGCUGUGGACCCCUGCGCCCAGCGCAGUGGUGAGGCGCGCAUCUUGGCGAGCUUUGGCCUUCCCCUGUGGCUUCAUGGUCACGGGCUUUCCUCAGAUGCUGCUGUACAUUGGCGUGUUUCCGCAACACGGUUGGUUCCGGCACUUUGCCACCCUUGCAGUUUACAGCAAUGGUUGGAUCAAUGCAGCUGUGUAUAGCUGGCAGAACCGACACCUCUGUGGUGCGGGCAUUGCCAGGCGAGCCGAGCAGAACAGCUGCUCGUUGGCGCCGUCUUUCCACGUGGGCUUUGGCCGCGAGUCCAGGCUCUUCCCACAAGCAGUCUCAUCGGAGCCCAGCGAAUUGGGGGCAGAGCUGGGUGUCGUUUUCGAGCUGCGUGAGAGCACCCCGGGCGUGCACGACCAUCUUCGAGUGGACGCGGUGCGCACGGCGGGUGGCGUCUUGCUGGAGGGCGCAGAUCUGUUGCUGCGCCGGGAGGGCGGCCUUUGCUUCACCGUGCCGCUUUGGAUCGAUGCCUCUGCCAUCGAGAGCGCUCUCGAUGCCGAAAGCUCCCAAGGAGCUUCCAACAGAGGUUUCAUACAGCUGGAGUACUGCCUCGGUGGCUCGCUGCGAUUGGCCCUGGUGCCGACACAGCCCGGGCUGUGGCUGAUCUCCGACGAGGCGGAGCGCGCCACCGUGUCUCGUCUCCAUGCGCCCAUGCUGGAGAGAGGGUCUUCUCAAGAAAGCUUGGCUCACCGCAUUUCUGCGUGCAGCCUUCUCGGGGAUUUGCGUUGCACGACUUCGGCUAUGCGAGUUGUAGAGGCAGACAGCUGGGAGACCUUCAUGGGGCCUCCAGCCUGACUUUCGGUCCAAAGAUGGCUGCCUGCCGAACUAGACGCGUGGACAUACGUUUCGCGCGCAAACAGCC